AUGACUUAUCUGAAUUACUGAAUCAAUCGCAUUGGAAAAGUCUGAAUAUAGACAAAAAGAAGACUGCAAAGAUCUUUAGAAUUUGUUUUUUCAGAAUUAAAUGGUAUCAAGCAAAUAAUUAUACACAGCUGUCAGUGAUUUUGUUUUGAUGCCUGUCAGUGCAUUUACUAUGUACCAAUUAGUUACCUGUAUUUUCUAGUUUUUUGCCAUCUGUUAGUAAAAAUGGUCCACCAAUUAAGUAUGUACAGUUGGUUCCGAUACAUUUAAAUUCAUUAUGAAUAUAUGUGUGUGAAUGUCUCGUUAAAUUGAAUAGAUACUUUGCUUAAUGUUAAUUUUAAUAUAUAUAUUUUAGAUUGUAGUCAUGUCUAAAAGAAAACAUGCCGAGGUAAUCAAAUCAGGCAAAAGUAAAGCACAGAGGACAGAUUCUCAAUCAACUAUGUCCCCAGAAGAAGAAAAUGUUGCAAUAGCAAGCAAUAUGUUAAUGCAUACAGCUUCACCCAAAACAAUGUAUUCAGACGAGGUAGAUAAUGGCAUUUGGUUGUUUGACGUCCUUAACACUAUUGGGGUGAAUGAAGUUUACAGGAAGGUGCGUCAACAACAAGGCAUAAUUGGCGAGAUUCUUGAAAGUUUCCAAGAACCAAUUACCACUUUAAACAUGGGAAGCACAUUUGAAGGCACAGAUUCACCGGGUGAGCCAAGUGACAUGGAUGUCAUGAGAUGUGACGAAAGUUUUUCUGUAAUCGAAGACAUGGCAAAUGCUACAGAAAAAGAUGGAAUUUUGAGUACGUUAUUAAUCGUAAGAGAAUUACAUACCCCUCCUGGAUACGUAAAACUACAACUCGUUAAUGGAGAAACACUAUACACAUCUAAACACUGGACUAUGUUAAGUCGUAAACGUAAUAUGAAUGUAUUCAAGAUUGACAGAGAGGAAAGAAUAGUUUUAUCUGACCAUUUGUUGUCAGGAAAUCCGGAAGUAUUUAAAAGAACUAAAAACAAACCUGCUGAUGUAACGGUUGGUAAAUUUGCUCAUCUCAAAACAGAUAUUGUUUUUUCUUAUCGAUGCAAAUCAUGGCCAACAAUUGCAAAUGAAUGGCUUUAUCGUUACAGAUUGUAUGGAUGGCCUUCAAAAGAUACAAUUGAAGAGUUGAAGUCACUUGGAUUCUUUGUUGUCAGAAAAGGCCACCCGUUCUCGCCGGAAAAUGAUUUAGAAUGGAGAAUAUCUUUAUCGCUGCAAGAACGGCAACUUAUGUUUAAUCUUACAGAUGUACAACAUAAGUGUUACGUUGUCCUUAAAAUGCUAAACCGAGAUGUUAUAAACUUUGACUGUAUAACUACGUACCAUUGGAAAACAUGUCUAUUCUAUGCAAUAGAGGAGAAUAACGGAAAUAUUUGGGAAAAAAAAACUUCUAUGGUAUUGCAUAAAGUUGUGUAUCAGAAAAAUGGUGAAAUGGAUCAAAUGUGGAUUUUGUCCUAACUAUUUUAUUCCUGGAGAAAACCUUUUUGAUGGUAGGUUGAACAACAAUUUGCGAUUAAAAUCAGAAAAAUGUUUAAAUGAAAUCUUAAAUGUCGGAUUUGAUUCUUUGCUUUCAGUAAGAAAAAACAAAAUAUGUGACUUUGUCAGGUCACGGGGAUCUCUAGAAUGCUUUUAACGGCUUCAUGCAAACAGUACAGCAGUCCUCGAAAUAGCGUUACGCAACUCACGUACAUGUAUAAUCCAAGAUGCCAUGUCCUUUUUUAAUCACGGAAUACUUGAACAUUACAGUUUCAAAGCCGAUUACAAUACAUUAAAUUUCAUAAGGUCUAUUUGGCUUACGCUAGACGGUUUUCAACAUACUUCUGCUAACAUUAUUAGUGGACACACAGAACGAGACACACACAAUUCUCUAUCAUUAUUGUUACCAAGUAUCUACACGUGUUUGGCUAGUAAUAUUUCUGCAGUUGCCAUUCAAAAUCCGAAUCCCCAAAUACGAUAUUUCCUUCUUCUUGGAUCCUUCGUGUACUUUAUGAAAGGUAAUUUACCAGGACGCCUUAAGUUCAUAUCAGUACUGUACGCUGCUGAGUUGUAUAACGACUGUGAAUGGUGGAUAGAUCAACUUGACGAAGAGUACAUAAAGUAUAAUCCGUCUCUUUGUAAGUGUAGAUACAUUUUGAUUGAUCAAAAAUUAGCAAUUACUGAUAUUAUUAAAACAUCGCCGCUAGAAGUUUCAAACUGUGUUUCUUUUCUUCCGACAGAAAUUCUUAUUGCCCCGGAUGCCAUUAAGUAUGAAAUCUUCAGGUAUGUCGGUAUUUUUCAAAACGAACAAGAAAAAAAAGACAAAUUUGGUCGUUGGCAGUAUAGGGCUGUUGUUGACAGCAAUAUUUACUUUUUCUUACUAAAGUAUUUAAUAAAAAGAAAACUCGAAAGGGUCCAAGCGCGUGAAGACGCUAAACAUAAUAUCCGAAUCUUGGCGGAAGGACUAAAUGUGAGACAUCGUGAUGUAGCUUUUAAUGUGUUGGCUUGGAUUUUUCACUCUGAUUUUGACACAUAUACAGCCCUUAGUUAUGCAACAGAAUCAUGGCGAGCAAUGCUUUCAGCGGGUAUAUCUCACGCGAUGUCAGAAGACACUUUGAAAAUGAAAAGUAAACAGUACCAAUAUAAUGCAGCAAAGAUUCAUGCGUUGGUUAUAAUAUACAAAACGUGGUUUGCAAGGAUUCCGUCCGACGUCUACUUUUGCUUUCAGUGCUUUUGUAAAAGCGAUAUUAAACUAAAAAAAUGCAGCAGAUGUAAAGUAUCGACAUAUUGUGAUAAACAAUGCCAAAGAAAAAACUGGAAGAUUCAUAAAAAAACUUGUAAAAUGGCCAGAAAGCAUCAUAUUUUAUUUUCGACAAGUGUUUUACCGUUCACAUUCAAUGAGCGAAUAUCUUAGCCGGAAUAUGUUGAUAUUAAUAUUUGACAUUAUCAUAUACAUUGAUCAGUACUAAACAUAUACUUCAAAGCCAGAAUAAUGUGCUACUAAGUUUUAUCCAUAUGUAUUUCACUCGAAAUUUUAAAGUUCAUUUAUGUGAAUUUCAAAUGAAAUAUUUACGCCAGAAAAUAUACAUGGUGUCUGAAUUAGACCAAAAUUACAUUUUGUGAACUAUAUUUCCUUGUGAUAAAUGUAUCACAUCCUCCUAUGAACAUAACAGCUUACCUCAAAAAUUUGUAUGAAUACAUUAAGGUGUAAAUGUUACGCCACAUUGUGUGAUCAAGUUAAUGUAUACUUCAAGUAUGAAAAUCACGUUCAAUUAACACGAAUCAAUGUUUAUGUGAAUUAUUUUAUGAUUUAUUCCUGUAAAUCAAAAAAAGAAGAAUGUAAAUGGGUAAUGUUCCUGUCGUUAUACUUUUUGUAGCGCAUUAUGAAUUCACAAAAGUUUUACUAUUUCUGUUUUUUUUUUUUUUUUUUUUGCAAUAGUGUAUAUUUUGAACUUUCAAAUUGUGUCAUUGUGGUAUACAGUAGUGUCUCAAGAUGUCCAUCCUGGGCGUAUAUAUCAUGAUAAAAAAUGUAUACUUGAAUUA